GGCUUCCUCUUUGUAGAAAUCGAUUGGUCGAGCCUUUUCCGGCAAAUACAUGGUGGCGGGUGUGGAAAUUGAAAGUCUGAGUUUGAAAAGGAUGUUUGAGAGAGUGAGACUGUGGAUUCGAUUCAGUGAUAUAUUGGGUGGAAAAGGAAGAAGAAAGUGAAGUACUUGACCAGCGGCAGAACUAACCCAUUUUUGUUUCGUUUUUUUUUCUUUCUUUUCAGUCGGUGGGUUUUGGGUUUUCACAGCUCAGACACAGAGAGAAACUACAGUGAGAGGAAGAAAGUGCUUGAAUUUAAAGCUUUUGUCUUUUGAUUAGCGAAGAAAGAAGAGAGAGUUCAGCGCUUUCUCUCUCCUCUCUUUCCCUCUCUGGUUGCUGAGCUUUAUACCGAAGUUCCCAACUUUAAACGCUACGUUUCGAAGCCGUUUUACUCAAAACGACGGCGUUUUUAGACUGGUAUAAGUACGUGGCCUGUUGGAUUUUUGGAAAAUGUUAUCAGCUGCUAGCCUGCUACCCGCCCUAAAAUCUUCUUCCUUUUCUCUCUAUCAAAUUUUGCAGUGGCAAAAACAAAACCCUAGAAAUGGUGGUGGCUGGAACAUAGUGACAGAUGAAGCUCAUUCAAGUCUCUUCCGCUCACUCCAGAGCUUCUCUGUAUUUUCUCCAUGGCGGAGUGACCUCUCGGACUCCCAAGCCUCGCUCCGCUUCCUCCGCAGCUCCCAAAGUCGGAGCCUUUAGUUCGAGCCGUCUCUCAGUGUGUGGCUUUUGCAGGACCCUUCAUCGAAACAAAGUAGCUAUGGGUGGCAUUGUCAGAUUAGCAACGACAACGAGCAAUGCCUGCUGCACCGGAUUCUGCAGGUCUCACCAUAAAGCAUUAGAAUUGCUAUCCUCAAGGAAGAUAGGGUUUAGGAAAGAUAUUUUGAGACCUUUUUCCACAUGCACCAAAACACUGAUCUCUCCGGUUGUCCCUCUUGUCAUUCAUCGUCCCCCAUCAUUACUAGUGCUAGCCACCCAGCUUUCACCGUCUGAUGCUCCCCAACGAUCAGAGGAAUGGUUUGCCCUACGCAAGGACAAGCUGACCACAAGCACCUUCAGCACUGCCUUGGGAUUUUGGAAAGGGACCCGCCGGCCAGAGCUCUGGCAAGAGAAGGUAUUUGAAUCAGAGAAACAUAUUGUGGAAGCAUCUAAGAGAGCCAUGGAGUGGGGCGUGCUCAAUGAAGAAGUAGCCAUUGAAAAGUACAAAAGCAUCACAGGUCGUGAAGUGAGUUCAUACGGAUUUGCUACCCAUGCAGAGGAGCGAUAUGGUUGGAUUGGUGCCUCCCCAGACGGUCUUCUCGAGGGUCUUAUUGAUUGCUAUCAAGGCGGUGGGAUACUGGAAGUGAAGUGUCCAUACAACAAGGGGAAGCCAGAGAAGGCUCUGCCCUGGUCAACCAUGCCUUUCUAUUACAUGCCUCAGGUGCAGGGCCAAAUGGAGGUACUGGACAGAGAGUGGGUUGAUCUGUACUGCUGGACACCGAACGGAAGCACAAUAUUCCGCGUGUGCAGGGACUGGAGUUACUGGAACUUGAUGCAUGGAAUUUUAAGGGAAUUCUGGUGGGAAAAUGUGGUUCCGGCUAGGGAGGCUCUAUUGAUGGGGAAAGAAGAAGAUGCCAAGCAAUACAUUCCGACUUCUACACACAAGCAAACAGGCCUUGCCAUUGUCAAAAGCUUGAAGCUUGCCAGUGAGUCUAAGCUGCUGUGUAGAGAAAUUGCAGGUCAUGUAGAAUUUUUGUAGACGAUAGGUUCAGUAAAAGGAUGAGGGAAAUUGAUCCUUGUUUUGUUUUCCCUCCCUCCCAGGCUUGAAGUUGUAAUCCAACGGUUCCCGAAUGUUCCUCUAUGUCUGUCGGGAACAUCGGCAUAUGUGCGAACCAUCGUGUAAUCUCAGCGAUAUCAUGGAAAUACCGCCGGCCUGGGAGUAAAAAUGGUUUUUCCCCUCAAA